CUUCCUGAUACAGCCUUGGGAGCCAAGGAUCUGACUCUGAGGAAGAGUGGGAAACAGCAGCCACCCGAGGUGCAGGAGGAGGCGUGACUGUCAGGAGCCUGGCCAGCAUCUCAGAAAAAUGACAUCCUCCAUUUCAAGGGGGAUCCUGCUGCUAGUAGGCCUGUGUUGCCUGGUCUCCAGCUUCCUGGCUGAGGAUGUCCAGGAGAAAGAAGCUUCCCAGCAGGAUCAGGAUCAGGAGCAUGAGAUCUCUUCAAACCUGGCAGACUUUGCCUUCAGCCUGUACCGGGAGCUGGCCCAUCAGUCCAAUACGACCAACAUCUUCUUCUCCCCCAUGAGCAUCGCCACAGCCUUUGCUAUGCUCUCCCUGGGGACCAAGGGUGAAACUCACAGCCAGAUUCUAAAGGGCCUAGAAUUCAACAGCACAGAAAUAAGCGAGGCUAAGAUGCACGAGGGCUUCCAUCACCUCCUCAAGACCCUCAACAAGCCAGACAAUGAGCUUCAGCUGACCACGGGCAAUGCCCUGUUCAUCCACAACCAACUGAAGCUGGCGGAGAAGUUCCUGGCAGACGUCAAGAACUAUUACCACUCAGAAGCCUUCCAUGUCAACUUCACAGACUCAGAAGAGGCCAAGAAAGUGAUCAAUGGUUUUGUGGAAAAAGGAACCCAAGGAAAGAUAGCUGAUUUAGUGAAGGAGCUUGACAAAGACACAGUUCUCACCCUGGUGAAUUACAUUUUCUUUAAAGGCAAGUGGAAGAAACCCUUCGAUGCAAAGCACACCAAGGAAGCUGACUUCCACGUGGAUAAGUCCACCAAGGUGAAGGUGCCCAUGAUGCACCGUCUGGGCAUGUUUGAUGUGCAUCACUGCAACACUCUAUCCAGCUGGGUGCUGCUGAUGGAUUACCUGGGCAACGCCACUGCCAUCUUCAUCCUGCCUGAUGACGGCCAGAUGCAGCAUCUAGAGCAAACUCUCACCAAGGAAAUGAUUUCCAAGUUCCUGGAGAACAGGCACACAAGGUCAGCCAAUCUAUACUUCCCCAAACUGUCCAUCUCUGGAACCUACAACUUGAAGACAGCCCUGAGCCCGCUGGGCAUCACUCAGGUCUUCAGCAAUGGGGCCGACCUCUCUGGAAUCACAGAGGAUGCCCCCCUGAAGCUCAACAAGGCUGUGCAUAAGGCCGUGCUGUCCAUCGAUGAGAGAGGGACGGAAGCUGCAGGGGCCACAGCUUUGGAAGCCAUCCCCAUGUCUGUGCCUCCUGAGGUGAACUUUGACAAGCCUUUCCUUGCCAUAAUAUGUGACAGCCACACUCAGAGCCCCCUCUUUGUGGGAAAAGUGGUGGAUCCCACACAGUAAUCACCAUUCUCAGAUGUCACCCUUUCCGGAUUGGGUCCCCUCCCUGAUGACAUUAAAUACAGGCUGGCCUGGUCCAUGCCUGAGUGCUACUGCAAA